UGCAUAUGAUCCAAGUGAUUACGAGAAUUUGGCAGUGUCUUCGGACAUCAAGGAUCUGUUCCAGUACAUCACUAGGUACACACCUCAGGUUAUUGAGUUGGAUCAUAAAUUGAAGCCAUUCAUACCAGACUAUAUUCCUGCAGUCGGGGACAUUGAUGCCUUCAUCAAGAUUCCCCGACCAGACAAUAAACCUGAUACUUUAGGACUGACUGUUCUGGAUGAACCAUGUGCUAAACAAAGUGACCCCACAGUUUUGGAUCUUCAGUUGAGAGCCAUUUCUAAACAAACGACCGCCAAACAACUGGUUGUCAAGAGUUUAAAGAAUGCAGAGAAAAACCCCAAGCACAUUGAGAAUUGGAUUGAGAACAUUAGAGAACUGCACCGUUCCAAACCACCGGCAAAUGUUCACUACAGCAGGAAUAUGCCAGACAUUGACACACUGAUGCAAGAGUGGCCACCAGAGUUUGAGCAGCUGCUGAAGGAGGUUGAGCUUCCCACAGCUGAACUUGACUGUGAUUUGGGCGAAUACGUGGAAAUUAUUACCUCAAUUUUAGACAUCCCAGUCUACAAGAAUUCAUCUCAUCACAAUGAAAAAAUCCAAGCCUUGCAUGUCUUGUUUACAUUGUACUCCGAGUUUAAGAAUUCCCAGCAUUUUCGGUCAUUGGCAGAAGAAAACAAGUUAGAUAAUGCAGUGAGGGAAGAUGGAGCCGACCGCUUUGUUUUAUAA